AUCAAAUUGCAUUGAUGAGUUUUGGCCCAGCUUCGGCAAGCAAAUCCGGCGAAAUCUGAAAAAUGCCGACAGUGCCGUAUUCCAAGUCUGGAAUUUUUGAGGAUGAAUGCGCUUUUUUGGAGCUCGAAUGUAUUUUUUUGCGCGGAAAUACAUCUAGCCGGGGACGUCGACGAAGGCAUGCAUCUUGUGCUUCGUGAUGCUCGUUUCUCCUCCCCUCGACGGCCCUGUAGGCAAUGGCGUCGCUGUGGGUGCCGUCGGGCCAAUCAUGAAGACACCCUACGACCCUAACGAUGCACUGGAUGAUAUUCCAGGUAUCGCUCACACCCUGGACCUUUUUCUCGCGUCGCAGAUGGUGGAAUCGGAGGAAUACUGCGCUAAGAGCGACCCCGACAGGGAACGUAUGUAUUUCUGUAUUGGAUACGGACUUAUCCAAUGCAUCAAGGCAGUAAUGUCCUACGAUGACGACGACAUUGUGGCGGCAAUUGGGCACGCAAGGCAUGCUACGGCGGUGGCUUCGAAGUACCGCAAAGUGUCGUCGUUUACUUCGAAGCUCGCUGGCUACGUCGUUCCCUCUCUUCAUACGACUGGCGUCAGCCUCAUCCAGAGUAUGACCCCAGUCGAGCGUCACGCCGAACUCAUCUACGCAGAGAGUAUCUUCGAGAAGUCCAUGCUGGCGGUCAUCUACUCGGGGGAUUGGCUCGCAUUUGUUAAGGAGGCAAUCAAUAUGCGUGCCUCCCUCAACAUUUACCGGCUGCUAUACAAGUACAUAAAAACCAUGGAUGAUGCCUCCCCAAAUGGUUACGACAAUGCUAUCGACGAGCACUUUCGCACGGGUGUCUACCUCGGUGCUGGAGUCAGCAUACUCGUUCUCAGUCUUCUGCCUUCCAGAAUCAUCGCCAUCGUUGAGAUUUUUGGAUAUCAUGGAGACCGCCAUGAAGCUCUUGCGAUUCUAGGCAAAGCUAGCGGCUGGACGUCAGAAUCAGACGAGCCAGCUAUCCCCGCGUCCACAGAAGGCCUUCGUCGGCCCCUCUGUGACAUGACUCUCAUUGUCUUUCACCUUGUUCUCUCCAGCUUCACUUUUGAGGGCGUUGAUAUUCAUAUGGCGGACAAGAUCAUUCGCUGGUAUGCGAAACGGUACCCAGACGGGGUUUUCUUCCUCUUUGGUUCCGGUAGGCUGGCACUGGUGCAUUCACAGCCUCAAGAAGCUAUCAAAUAUUAUACACGAGCCAUUGAGGUGCAAUCACAGUACCGCACGCUACACCACAUAAGCUUCUGGGAGAUGGCCAUAGCCAAUCUUGCGUUGUGGGACAUCAGGGCCAGUUUGGCGUGCUGGACGGACUUGGAAAGGGAGGCGACAUGGUCCAAAGCGAUAUACGCGUACGGUAUGGCGGUAUGUCUUCUGGAGACAGGCGGGGAUGCGAGACCACUCAUGGAAAGAGUCCCGAAACUACGGCAGAAGAUUGCAGGAAAGAGUAUUCCACUCGAGAAGCUCGUUGCAAGGAAGGCGCGCAAGUUUCUAUUACAGGGACAUCUCGCCCUUCCAGCGCUGGAGAUGGCGUAUCAAUUUCUUGCUAUCGCGCAUGCGCCGAGAGAGAUCGUCGUUACCAAGAUGCUGGUCGAGGUCAAGGCUUGCUUACAGAGCCUUCGAAGCAAAAACAAGAAGAGGACGCCGGGAUAUUGGGAUGAUUUCUGUCUGGCAAAAUUUCUGGAAGGGGUUUGCCUGAGAUAUGUUGCAUAUCCAGAUCCUGAUGCUAUUCUUCCACCAAACGCUCCUUCAAUCGAUGAUCUUGCGGGAAUGUCUCAAGACGAAGCUACCGUCGCUUCGAUAUUGGCCUUCGAGGCUGUUUUUGACGCUGGUCCGAAUAUUGAACUAGACCAUCAUAUUGUUUACCAUGCUCAUUAUGAGCUCGGUCGCUUGUUGGCUUGUCAGGGCAAAGAAGAAGAUGCUCGGAGACAGUUUAAUCUUAUUCUUUCGGGCAAGCAUCUUGAGGUUGCGCCGUCGGGGAGGAAGGGGAAGUAUAGCAUGGAGAAUGCUUUGCAUAUGCGGGCGCAUGCUGCCCUGGAGGCGUUGGGUAACAGCGCGCUGUAACAUCAUUUGCAUAUAUGAUUAGAUUAUCCCAAGGAUUAUGUGGGUUAUCUAGAUAAAUCUUAUUGUGUUAAUUAAUAGGGACAGGCUCUUGGGAGUCAAUCAUGAUUCGUAUAUUGCUUCGAGAGGACUUGGGGGAAAGGUCACUCGGUAGAGCUAGCUACAAUGACGUGAUGACCGGCUCUGAACACACGCCAAAAAUCCAGCAACAAGUCACCUGGGUCACGCUCGCGUUGAUAAGGUUUGGAUAACCUAGUUGAUAUCGCCAAGGAAUGCAAUGUUAUACGCGCCGGUUUACGAAAGUUCUAGCAUUACUGAUGAAACUGACCACUGGGAGUAGUACUGGCCUGAUAACAUUACUGAGUCCUCAACGAUGUCCUCG